CCUCACUUACUCCACUCACUCUCAUCUUCUACCUUCAUCUUUCUCUCUCCUUCAAUUUUCCGCCAUUUUCAAGAUGCUUCUCAGAGCUUCCCCAUCUUUCUCUCUCCUCGCCAACAAUGGCGGAGAUGCACACUCUCUCUCAUCGGCGAAUUCUGUUUCGAAUUCUCUGACCUUUUCUCCCUCCUCUCUCCGAAUUUCGUCGUCGGCGAAAAACCCUAACGGCGGUUUCUCCGUGUCGGCGGCGUUGCAGGAAUCUAACAGCCGUCCGUUGACCGGCGUUAUUUUUGAGCCGUUUGAGGAGGUGAAGAAGGAGUUGUCUAUGGUGCCUACUGUUCCCCAGGAUUCUCUUGCUCGCCAGAAAUACGCCGAUGACUGUGAAUCCGCCAUAAAUGAACAAAUCAAUGUGGAAUACAAUGUUUCAUACGUUUAUCACGCGAUGUUUGCUUACUUUGAUCGAGACAAUGUGGCACUCAAAGGUCUUGCAAAGUUUUUCAAGGAAUCUAGUGUGGAGGAAAGGGAGCAUGCUGAAAAGUUGAUGGAAUACCAGAACAUGCGUGGUGGGAAGGUGAAAUUGCAAUCAAUUCUGAUGCCUCUUUCUGAAUUUGAUCAUGAGGAAAAGGGAGAUGCUUUGCAUGCUAUGGAACUUGCCUUGUCCCUGGAAAAGCUCGUUAAUGAAAAAUUGUUGAACUUGCACCAUGUAGCUGAGAAGAGUAAUGAUGUUCAAUUACAAGAAUUUAUUGAGGGCUUUUUCUUAAACGAACAGGUUGAAGCCAUAAAGAAAAUCUCAGAAUAUGUUGCUCAGCUCCGAAGAAUUGGCAAGGGACAUGGUGUAUGGCACUUUGAUCAGACCCUACUGAACUAGGGAGACACAGCUGCUGCUUGAAGAGUUUGAUUUCUAUUGAAGAAAUUUGUCGACAUAUUGCAGGAUGGGCAGAUUUAUGCAACUUCUCAUGUCUGGAACUGGGGUUGUUUUAGUUCCAAAAGUUUUACCCUUGGUACUGUUGCUCAAAUGGAAAUGUAAGACCUGCAUUUAGUUGAUUAAGCUAGGAAAUACGUGUUUGAGUUAGGAAGAAAGUGUUAGAAUUAACUUUGCUCAUCUUAUUCGGGAUGUCCAUAUUGUUUCAGCUUAUUUCAAAACUCUAUUGAAGAAAUUUGUGGUUUCGUCCUGAGUAA